GUUGGAUGGCCGGCUUAUGUGUGUGCGCGCGCGAAUUUGGAAACUUCAUCGCACUGCGUCUCGAUCGUUUUGCAGCACUGUCGCAGCAGGCGAAUUUGGGUAUUCGCUAGGCAGUUUUUUUGUUGUUGCUUUUUGGCUAGUUGGUUGUGGUGGUGUGUUGCACUUUUUCGGCGUAUUGCUUCUGUUCCUUUCUUCUUGAGCUCUAGGGGCCCUCCUCUCUUCUGCCUUCCUUACCUUCUUCCUUCCCCUCGCCCCUCUUCACCCCUUCUCCUCUAUUGCACCCUUCAACCUUCGCUUCCCUCUGCAGCUGCAGCUUAAGGGAUGUGGAGAACCGGUGGAGUGCACAUGAGUAGUUCGGGGUUGUGCGGUGCAUUGCUGCGUCUUGCCUCCAGCAGCAGCAGCAGCAGCAGCAGCAGGUUGUGCGUCUCUGUGUGCGUGUGUGUAUGUGCCUUCCUUCAUCAUAUCGCGCUUGUCAUCGUUUGACAGGGGGUGAGUUUUUUUUUUUUUGGGGAGUAUGGACAAUCGGGAUCUUGCCGUCUCGCUUCCACCCGAAGGGGUGUGCGAUUCCCUUGGGUCAUUUUGGAUGGCAAAAUAGUGCAAUAAGCAGCAGCAGCAAAGGCAUCUUCAUACAUACAUAAAGCCAACCCCGGCACACACACACAUGCACGAACCGAAAACGCACUCAUCACAUGGCGUCGCCGAUUACCUUGAUUUUAUUAUGUGUGUGCUGUUUUUUUAUUCCCUCUGCUUGCUACUCGCGCCGCGCGAAGUAUAUUCUUUUGCCUGAUGGCUGGUUUUGCUUUAUUCUUCUCUUUUUCGGCGGUCGAUUGGUGGUGCUGUUGCUGCUGCUGCCGCCUGGUUUUGUCCACUCAGUUCGGGCGUGCGCGCGCCCCGCAUGUGUAGUGGUGUGUUGCAAUUUUUGUGUGCCUUUUUUUUGUUGUCUUGCUGCGUUUGUGCGUUGUCUCGCUUCUUUUUUAAACCAUGCGCUUUUUUUUCUUUCUUUUUCGGGAGCAGCAUUUCAGAGGACCCCAAUUCGGCAGCUUCCUGCGUCCGGUGCAACACGCCGCUGCAACAGUACAACAACAGGCUAGCAGACUGGCUGACUGGCUGUUUUAGGUGCGUGUGCCAUUAUUCGUCCCGUCCCGGUUACGGACUGCACUGCUCACUUGGUGCGCUCUAGUUAGCGGUGUGUGGUGCGAAAUAAAUACAUUUUUUUGUUGGUUUUUUGGAACUUCUGGUCUUCUGGCCAUCUUCUGGAGAGACACCGUCUGCAAUUUGCAUUUUUGACUGGCUUUUUCCAAGUGAUUGUUGAUGAAAUCCAGUGCAAUACCCGAUCCGUAGUGGCACUAAGCAGCUUAUCUGAAGAUUCCGAUGUGUGUCCAAUGUGUUUUUUUGUGUGUGGACCAGCCUGUUUCAACCAGCCAUUUGUGUGACAGUAAACGCUUUCCGUGUGUUUCAACCACAGAUCAAAACGUGCGUGCCUAAUUGAGUGUAUGUCUGUGUCUGUGUAAAAGAGCGCGCGCGUUUGUGUCAUAAAGAAAAGUGUUUCUGUCAAAAAUUUCCUCUAACGUGCGAAACCUGUGUGUCGACAAGCAAAACAACAAAAAAAAAGAAAAGCAUUCGCAAGUAAAACCGGCACGUGGGGUGCUAUCGUGGGUGAAAAAAACAGAUUUUCCCGCGCAAGUCAGAAACAAACUGUUGCGCUUGCCGUGUCAAUCGGUUUCCCCGGGUUUUGGCAGAAGGAACACAGCCCUGGAACUACAAAAGCAUAAAACUGUUCUUGCUGCAAUUAAUUGUACAAUUUCGAUAAGCGAAAGAAAACGGUAACUCUCACUCUCGCCCUCUCCCUCUCUCUCUCUGUCUGUGUUGGUUGUGUGAACAAGUGUUGGAGAGUGAAUGAUAGUGUGAAGGCAGUGCACACGAUGAUCGUCUGGUGAUUGCCAUGGUGACGGAAGCAUGUGUCAACCAACUGCUAAUGCUAAUGCGUGUGCUUGUUGUCGUCCUGCAUUGAACAUGCCGUGCGUUAUUGUGCUUUACUGCACCAAUUAUCUAACGCCCUUUUAACGUUAGACUGCAUUUAUUUGUCAAAGUGUAACAGUAGAAUACAACAGUGUUAAAAAGCAGAAAAGUGUAAGUGUAUGCCAAAUUUGGUAGCUUUGCUAGAACCUACCCUCCCUAAACAUCUAGACCGCUGAACAGGGUCGCUGAAUUUGAAGCCACAUUUUGUCUAUGCAGCAGCAGAAGUGCAGCAGUUGGCGCUCGGCUGGAACAAAUGCUGCCCCAUCUCCACUAGGCAGCGUAUUAUUGAUGUCUUAGAAACUUGAUGUUGUUACAACUUAUCGUCACACUGAUUACUCAUAUCAGCCCGUAAACAUUAAUCAAGCACAUUAGUGAAUAAGGUGUUCCCGGUGGAAAGCAGCAACCGUACAAAUACACACACACACAAUCAAAAAUACAAUAAUAUAAACUACAGUGCAAAAACAUCCGACUAAAUAGGAACAACCAUGGUGGACACGCAGCACUUCUGUCUGCGAUGGAACAACUACCAGAGCAGUAUCACGUCGGCCUUCGAAAACCUGCGCGACGAUGAGGACUUUGUCGAUGUGACACUCGCCUGUGAUGGCCGCAGUCUUAAAGCGCACCGGGUCGUACUAUCCGCGUGCAGUACAUAUUUCCGCGAAUUGCUGAAGAGCACACCAUGCAAACAUCCCGUGAUAGUGCUGCAAGAUGUGGCGUUCACCGAUCUGCACGCGCUGGUCGAGUUCAUCUAUCACGGUGAGGUGAAUGUACAUCAGCGAUCCCUGAGCUCCUUUCUGAAGACGGCGGAAAUUUUAAGAGUAUCCGGUUUGACACAGCAACAAGCCGAGGAAACACAUGGCAUGCAUACAUCGCUCGGGGCCAACCUACCGUCCGGUGUCGUACAUCAUCCGAUCUACCCGGAAAAGAUGCUGGACGAUUCGUUGUAUGUGUCGCAAGGUGUUUCUCCACCGCCCCAUCUUGCCAACCUGCACAACAGCUCCUCCCCGAACAGUGGCAGCGGCGGUGGUGGUGGUGGCGGCGGGGGCGGAGGAGGUGGUGGAGGCGGCAACAGCAAUGGGGCACCGAUGGUAAAUCAGCUGCUCAAGCGGGCAGCGGCAGCGGUCGCCCUACGGCGAGAACGGAACAACUCAGCCCAUUCGGACGAGAUGGCACUGAAGCGGCACCGGAUGUCGGUGGACAGCAAUGGGCCAACGAAUGCGCGUGAUCUGGAUGUGAUCUGCAGUACGCCCCAGACGACGGCCACCGAUUUUUCGUCGAGCGCCUCGAAGCAGCACCUCAGUUUGCCAUCACCCCAGGGAAAGGAUCAAUUGCGGCAACAGGACAGCUUAUCCGGUCAUGCAAACAGUGGCAACAACAACAGUUUCUCCAUCAACAGCUCGAGUAACUUAAUAAAAAGUAGUAUUAAUAACAAUAACAAUAACAUCAACAACAACAACAACUUGAACAACAACCUGUUGCACAGCAAGGAAAACAGUAGUGGCGGCGGUGGACCGGUCGGUGGUGGACUGUGCGGUUCCGGCAGCAUGCCAACGUCGCUCGGCACCUCGAACGGCAGUAACGCGGGCAGUCUCUGCUCAGCGGAAAAGGAAAGCCUUGCAUCCUCCCCAUCGGAACGUUCUGCCGAGGAUGUGAAGUCGGAACCGCUCGAGCUGCUGUGCGGUACGGGCGGUGAUCACGAGAAUAGCUCCGACUCGGUGACGGACGAUCACGGCAACCUCGUCAAGGGUGGACUGGAUGUGAAAGGUUCCCUGCGAUCACCGAACGAUCAUGAGCUUGAUAGCAAUAUCCAUCACCACAGUGGGGCCCAGUUUCUCAUGAAUGCUAGCGAAAGCAAGCUAUUUCCGACGCCACCCUCGUUUAACUUUUCCAUGGCAGCACUAGCAGCAGACCCUUCCGCGUUGGCAGGUUUUAGUACACAGGCACUGCAAGCGGUGGAGUUGGCCGGUUCGCCACAGGGUCCACCAGGCCAAGGAUCACCGUCCGCAUCGUCGUCCUCGUCGUCGGUGAUCGCCGGCUCACCAUCGCAGCUAAUGCCACUCCGUAUGCCACCACCGACCAGCGGAGGCAUUAACGAACCGCAGGAGUGUCCCUACUGUCGGCGUACAUUCUCCUGCUACUACUCCCUGAAGCGUCACUUCCAGGACAAGCACGAACAGUCCGAUACGCUGUACGUGUGCGAGUUCUGUCACCGACGGUAUCGGACGAAAAAUUCGCUCACCACACACAAAAGCCUCCAGCAUCGGGGUUCGAGCGGUAUGCUAAAACGGUUGCUGAAAACAUCCGCCAUCAAGACGGUCCUGUCCGGCAAUGGGAGCAAUGUGGGAGCCGGUCUGCACGGUACGCAUCCGCACGCCCAUCCACAUCUGUUCGACUUUGCGGCCGAACUCGGUCAACCACCGCCGGGCAUUCAGUAAGCCUACGUGUUAACCGCACUACCACAACCGGGCAGCAGGACACGGGUCCAACAUGGUUCAGCACAUCACAUCAUCAGUGGCAGAAGUAGUACGAUCGCGAUCGCGACUACGAUCAAUCCCAACGGACACUGUUUCAUAUCACAACAACCGAUAUCAAUUGCGCUAUCUCUCAAGGGAAGUGUUUGUCAACGUUAGAAAGCUUUCGUUCACAUUUCAGUUUGAAACAUAUCCAAAGUGACCAAAGUGCAUAUCAAGCAAACUAUAUCACACUACCCUUAAAGGUCUUGUUUUUUUUUUCUUAUAUUCGCUACUCGUUCGUGCUAGUAAGCGUGCAGCUAAUUAAAACAUAUCCACCCAGUAUUGAGUAUCUGCCCCGAAAACCCGAAAAUAGCAAAAGAAGAGAAACAUAAGCACUCUUUCGUCUUUAUUGCCAGUGAUUUAAUACUUGUUCGUCAUCGAUCAAAACGAUUUCAGAGCAUUUAAGUGUGUUGGUGACAACAUUUGUACCAUUUCUGGACUCUGUUCAAGUUGAACUAGAAUGUGUCGAGGUUCUAUUCAAAGCUUUCUUCAUUAACUCAUUCGGAAAGCUUUCGGUGUGACAUUGAAGAAAGCUUUAAACAGAGUUGAUUUAAGCUCUCACAAAUUCUAGUUUAACUUGAAGAUAAUCUAGAAAAGCGUCCAAAUUUUGCUACUUAAACUCGAAAACCCUGUAAGGUGCAAUAUAAGCAGGUGUUAAACAACCUGAAACCUGUCCUUUUUGUGUUAACAUUUGUGUGAUGUUCUGAUGGAUCCGUACCAAUCCGUACCAGUGUGGCAUUGGAAGGAAAUGACUGUGCAUAUCGGGUGAACAUUUUCACAACAAAUCCCAGUACCAGUUCGGUGGAAACGAUUUUUUUUUUGUUUUUUUGUUUUGUUUUUACUGUAAAAUUAUUUAUACCUACGAAAAACGAAAGGCGGAAAAUGGAAAGCGUAACUUAAUUAAAGAUUAAGAACAAUGUGUACAGUACCAGUUUCGUAUGAUUAUUUACAUGUUUAAGUUACUCCCAGUAGCAAUAGUGCGAUGUGCAAUAAUUCUGAAACGCUAAACAUUAAUGGACGACGAUACGUUGUAUAAAUAUUUCCAUCAAAGAAGAAACAAAGUGUAUGUGUGUGUGCUGUAAACUGUACUUCGUGCAGGGAAAAAGCAGGAAUUAAAUUGAUUUUUAGAUUCCAAACUUAUGUUUGUUCAUCUACCGGUCUAAGUUCUUACGAUCGUGUUAGGUAAAUUUGCACACAUAUCAAAACACACACCACACAAUGAUUUAUGCAUUUUAACCGAGUACGAUUUAAAUGUGAUGUGAGGCACAACUUUGCUGCCGUAGUAAAGUGUUUCCCAUUGAUAAGGAUAAGUACACUGAGUAGGGCCAAACAAAAAAAAACAAGGAAAAAUGUUUAUUUUACUCAACGCUGUAGAUGACACUAAAUUGCCAAAUUAACAGGGAUGUGUUUUAAAUUUUAAUGAAACAACAACAGCAAAAAAAAACCAAGCGAUUGUAGAUCAUUUCCACCACGAUCGAUCUGUGUGGGCGCGUGGCUUGCGGUUCGGCUAGUGUGAUACAACCACGUUGUAUCGAGCAUGUGAAAGCUCAAACAAAACAAAACAAAACAAAGGAUUCAAUUGUGUACGGAGCAAAAAAGGUAGAUAAAUUGACACGACGCGUAAACUUAAGGAGAUCAAGACAAAACGAAUAACUGUGAUUUUAUGAGAGAAAAGAAAAAUUAAAAUUAAUUAUUUAAAUGGUUUACCUAUUUUUCUUUUACGUUUUUUUUCGCUAUAACUCUAUAACUCUUUCGAUAAACACGGAUCAAUACCAAAAUUUGCCAUCUGCAACGUCGUGUGCGUGUGUGUGUGUAUGUGGUUGGGUGUUUUGUAUAGCACAAUUCAGGUAAAACAAUAAUGAAGAAAAGAAGAAAAAACUCUUAGCCAAAAAUUAAACAAAUCCCGAAAUGUAAGGUACAAUACAAUUUGUGAACACAAGAAUAAGAAGAAGGAGAAGACGAUGAAAAUCACAAGGCAAAAUGAGAUUAUUAUACAUUUUAAAAGAACUGACUAGUAAAGCACCUUCUUAGUGAGCAUCGUAUCGUUCUCCUGAGUAAUUUUUACUAUUGCUUCACACACGAGGUGCAUAUCCUUGCACGGUUUAUUCGUUCAUGCUCGCGUAGGAGCACAAAGAAUUGAACUUAGGCAUAAAAACGGCACACUUAGCAAAACGCACAAACAACGUGAAAACCCUCUUGAAACUACUCAGCGAAACUGUUAAGCACAAUGGCGGAGCACAACAUAUCACCAACCCAAACAUAUGUGUGAUCGCGCGUGUAUUUGUCGAAAACUCAAGAACUUCUUAUACUUUUUUCGCUAUUGGCUACGAUACGAUUUAUUUACAUUUUUCUUACAAUCUACAAUCUAGACAGAGAGGCGUUUUAGACAAAUAAUGUGAAGGAACCCUAUAUCAAGUGUAAAAUUUAUUGAAAAGUGCACAGAAGAACAAUUAAACAACAGAAAAGAUUAUUUAUAAUUGUAGUACAAUAGUCAGAAAAAUGCAUUUUUAAAACAACACUCAUACACACACAGACACACACAAGCACCUAAGCUCAUAAAUAAAGCGAAUGUACAGAGAGAAAAUUUAGUGAAAAAAAGGAUAUAAUGGAAGUGUUAAAUCAAGCUACUACGACUCACUUGAAUGUGCUAUCGUUUCAUACUUUCCGGGCAAAGAGACAAACUUAGUAGGCUGCUAUAGGACAGUCACAAAUACGACGCAGGGAUUUGAUCACACACAAAAAAUACACACACACAAACAAAAAAAAACGAUAAUAAUAAAACACACUUCUCGCAUGUGUUGAUAUGAAUGUUAGCAAUAGCUAGUGAAGGCGAAACACAUAUGCACACGUGAUGUGAGUAGGUCAGUGAACAUUAGUGCACACUGCUGUACAUAAUUAUAAGACUAAGAGUUUGACUAAUAAUCGCAAUCUAUCAGAGCAGGCGGGGGGGGGGGAGCGUGUUGAAGUGAAACAAAUAAAAAAGAAUGAAGCUAAACAAACAGCAAAGUUCUACAACACAAUCGAAGACAACAAAGGAAGCAUCUAAACACACAAACAAAUUGUGACACCCGCAUUUGUUUGUGUGCGUGCGUGCGUAUGUGUGUGUGUAUAGGAGUAAGGGUGUAUGAAUUUAAAUAUAAUUCCGUAUACCAGACCGGCGGUGUCACCAAAUUAUUGCAAUCGGAAAGAAUGGUCUACAAGAUCUGUUACAUUUAGCUAUAUAAUUGCCAAAUUUUUUAAAAACUACUGUCCUUAAGAAGAGAAGGAAAAAACAAAACACAACAAAAAAACAUAUCCUAUGCUCAAAUGAAAAGGAAAAGUAUAGAAAAAAAACAUACACAAACACUCUCACACACAAGGUCGAUUUGAGUGGCGCCAUGCAAAGGAAUGCAGGACAAGGAAGUAACAACAGAAAAGUAUAUAUAAAAAUUACAAAAAAAAAGUAUAUAUAUAUAUUCGAUGAGGCAAAGUCAAGAAGUAUAUAGUGCAGUAUUAAGAGACUUGCAAGUGUUUUAUAACUCUAAAUGUACGAAUUAUUAACUAUCCAAGAUCACUUUGUAUAGGGUAUCGGUAUAAAUCCUGAAACAAAACAGAAAACUUGUAAAAUGUUCGAAUUUAUCACACGUGAAAUCAUAAAACACUAAACACAGACACGCUCACAAAACAAUGCAACACAAACAGCCAGUGAGAGGAAGAAAUUUAAAGCAAAUGUACUAUUAAAGUUGUAUUAAAGCAAAACUAGCCAAAACCACACUCAAUGGCAGGGACUUCAUAGUUAUUAGAAAAAAACAAUUACAAAAAGUUACAACAAAAACAAAAAAAAACAAACAAACAAGAUAACAAAAAGAGAGUGAAAUGUAAAGCAUCAUAUUUACAGUGAGCGCAAUAUGUUUGUGUGUGUGUAUAAUUGCAUGAGAUGUGGAAAAACAACAAAGAGGAAAAUAUUACAAACUAAACACAACACAAAACCUCACAAUCUGCACAAUGAGUCAAAAGUUUAAACCCGCCAGCAUAAACACAUCAUUUCCAGAACGCGCGUUUGAAGAAGAGAGAGAGAUAGGUAUAUAGAAGGAAAUAGUAGUAAACGAUAGGUAGUGCAACACAAGGGCGUGUUUUUUUCUGUUCUUUUAACAGAUUUAUUUUAUCCUUUUUGUUUUGGUCGGAGCUGUUACAGAAUGUGAAAAUGAAGAAAACACUACAUACUGUGCAUUGUAAACUACACGAAGAGAUAGGAUUAAUUUGCAAUAUUUUUAAAUUAUGAACAUAAGAGAUAUGCGUGAGCUUUCUUUUCCAACCGAUCUCUAAAUGCUGUUUGAAGACGAUCAUGAAUGAAAAUUAGAUUGAUCUUAUUUGAAGAAUAAUACGAAUAUGUGUUGCAUAUAUAUGUUUGAGAAUUAGGAUUUUUUGUUUUUCGUAUAGCAAUUGUUUCUUAAAUACCAUUGUUCCUUAUUAGAAGAAGAUCCGUGAUCCGGACUGAAAGAUGUAACACGAAAUCGUGACCUGUUGAGACUGUGCAUAACAGCUUCCAUCGGCAAGGGUCAACUAAGCAACAUUCCCGAUCUGCGUACCGAAAACCCGAAUCCCCGGACUAUCUAAACAUAACGCGAGAAAAAAAUGUUCUUCUUUUGUUUUUCCUUUUUUCGGAACAAAUCGCCGAUGGAAAGGAGCAAACUGUCAAAGUGCACUGUAGCGGGAUGAAAUUUGUAGAUUAAUUUCAUCGAAGCUACCGUUGAAAUUUGUAGCAUCCAAUAAGCAAGCAGAAAACUUUUGACAACCGUAACCACACAUGGCCAAAUGACAAAUCAUGAAGCAAUCUAAAAUCAGGGAAUGUAGAAUGCUCUGUGUUCAUCUUCAUGCCAGAAGAUGGCGCACGUGUUGUUUAAUUACGUUUGAUUUUAAGUAACUUCAUGGCAAUACUUUUUAUUGCUUUCAUACGCUACUAAUCAGUAGGGAAUCUGUCAUUAAAAGCAGUAGUUAAAACAAACACAACAUCACAUCUACAUCGUCAUCGGGGCAUGUAUUUCUUUUCGAUUGUUUCCUGAUGAAUUGCACAUGUAUGCAAGCAGUGCAAACCAAAAGGCAUCUCUCAAGUAUACGCCAAAACGAGUACCGAUUGUGAUUCUCCGAUUGUUGCAAUAUGGCGCAAAGGUGGCACAUUAAUGGUGGGGAAAUAGUAAAUACUACGUAGAGCAGAAUGGCAGAAUGGCAAUAAGAUUAAUAAAAUGGACAGCACUGUAUCUGUGGAGAGAUAAUUAUGGCUACCCUUUGUCGCUCAUCAUGCCGAUGCACUCCUGUGACGUAUGUGCCAAAAGACAGUCAAGCCAAUGCAUUAUGUUCGAAAACAUAUCUUUUAACUUCUGUACAUACUGUAUAGUAAGGAGAUAUCAUUUUUAAUCGCUAUGAGGACAAAAAUACAUUUCUACGUCUCAGGUCUCAAGUUUACAAUAACAAAAUAUUAAGACGUUAAGAUAAAAUCAAUCGCACCAAAAGCAACAACGCGAUGCAGAAAGUAGCAUCUACUUUGGCAGAUAACGAUUACAGCUUCUUCCCUUUAUUUGUGUGUAGAAUUCGUUCUAUUCGCUUUUGUGAAAUUAAUUUGCACUUCGUAUCGUAUUUAUAUGAUCAGGCAUGUUUUAUUUCUGUUUAAAAAAACAAAACAUUAAUUAAAGCGCCAUCAAAACCAAGUUCAAAUGCAACCAAGCUGCCUUUUAACAGAGUACAACAAAGCGCAAAGAAGCAAAGAAAAAAAAACAACCUAAAAAUCACUCUUGAGAAGGAGAAACGAAAUGCAAAAAGAAGAGAAACAAAAACUAAACUAAAAACGUUGGAAAAGAGUAACAGAAUGGUUGGUGAAUGCGUGCAAUAUUUGGAUCAAUUCACAUCAAUUUAAGUAAUAGCAAAGUCUAAACAAAACAAAUCAUGGCAAAUUAUUUAUGUUUAGGUACACGCUCAAACGAACGAGUCGGAAUCGCAAUGCAGCACAAUACAAAACAAAUGGAACCAAAAGGAAGAAGAAGAAGAAGAAGAGAAAAUAGUGGAAAAAUAUUCUUAUAAACCUGAACGAAAUACCUCACGAGCUAACUAAUUGCUACUAAUAAAUAAUACAACACAAAAUGGCUCGACAAACAAUACAAAGCAAAAGAAUAAUAAAAUAUUAAGCAACAACAAAAAAAAACAAUUUAAAUCAUAGCAUACUCUCGACCGUUGUAGAGUUUUUAAAAUCAAACCAAAAUGAAACCAUUUUUACUUGCGUUACUGAGUUGCAAAUGGUGCAACUUCUUUGGUUCCAUUUAAGGAAUAACAUAUUACGAUGAAAGAUGUUUACAAAUUAACAAAAAAAAAGAAACAAAACAAUCACAUACACAUCACACCAAAAUAUGUAAAUGAGACGAAAGGUUAAGCAACAGGGAACAGUGCGGAACAGUACACGUGAAGAAGGACACGUUCUAUUGAUAGUACACACCACAAAUGCAAACAACUUCACACAUACAAAC